AUGGCCCCAAAACUCGACCCGAAUGAAAUCAAGAUAAUCUAUCUUCGGGCUACUGGAGGAGAAGUGGGUGCAUCUUCUGCACUCGCACCCAAGAUUGGUCCUCUGGGUCUGUCACCCAAGAAGGUUGGAGAAGAUAUUGCCAAGGCGACCGGCCAGUGGAAGGGUCUUCGUGUUACUGUCCAACUUACGAUACAAAAUCGACAAGCCGCUGUCUCCGUUGUUCCCUCCGCCUCAUCCCUCGUCAUCAAAGCCCUUAAGGAGCCACCACGCGACCGUAAAAAGGAGAAGAACAUCAAACACUCCGGAAACAUCCCUCUUGAUGAGAUAUUCGAUAUUGCCAGGACUAUGAAGUCAAAAUCUUUGGCCAAGGAGCUGUCAGGUUGUGUGAAGGAGAUUCUUGGUACUGCACAGUCGGUGGGAUGCACAGUAGAGGGCAUUCCUCCUCACGAUGUCAUUGACCAGAUUAACUCGGGAGAGAUUGAAGUGCCAGACGAGUAG